GCCGGCGGUGCCGGGGUCAUCGGGAUGAUGCGGACGCAGUGUCUGCUGGGGCUGCGCACGUUCGUGGCUUUCGCCGCCAAGCUCUGGAGCUUCUUCAUUUACCUUUUACGGAGGCAGAUCCGCACGGUAAUUCAGUACCAAACUGUUCGAUAUGAUAUCCUCCCCUUAUCUCCUGUGUCCCGGAAUCGGCUAGCCCAGGUGAAGAGGAAGAUCCUGGUGCUGGAUCUGGAUGAGACACUUAUUCACUCCCACCAUGAUGGGGUCCUGAGGCCCACAGUCCGGCCUGGUACACCUCCUGACUUCAUCCUCAAGGUGGUAAUAGACAAACAUCCUGUCCGGUUUUUUGUACAUAAGAGGCCCCAUGUGGAUUUCUUCCUGGAAGUGGUGAGCCAGUGGUACGAGCUGGUGGUGUUUACAGCAAGCAUGGAGAUCUAUGGCUCUGCUGUGGCAGAUAAACUGGACAAUAGCAGAAGCAUUCUUAAGAGGAGAUAUUACAGACAGCACUGCACUUUGGAGUUGGGCAGCUACAUCAAGGACCUCUCUGUGGUCCACAGUGACCUCUCCAGCAUUGUGAUCCUGGAUAACUCCCCAGGGGCUUACAGGAGCCAUCCAGACAAUGCCAUCCCCAUCAAAUCCUGGUUCAGUGACCCCAGCGACACAGCCCUUCUCAACCUGCUCCCAAUGCUGGAUGCCCUCAGGUUCACCGCUGAUGUUCGUUCCGUGCUGAGCCGAAACCUUCACCAACAUCGGCUCUGGUGACAGCUGCUCCCCCUCCACCUGAGUUGGGGUGGGGGGGAAAGGGAGGGCGAGCCCUUGGGAUGCCGUCUGAUGCCCUGUCCAAUGUGAGGACUGCCUGGGCAGGGUCUGCCUCUCCCACCCCUCUCUGCCCUGGGAGCCCUACACUCCACUUGGAGUUUGGAUGGACACAUGGGCCGGGGGCUCUGAAGCAGCCUCACUCUUAACUUCGUGUUCACACUCCAUGGAAACUCCAGACUGGGACACAGGCGGAAGCCUAGGAGAGCCGAAUCAGUGUUUGUGAAGAGGCAGGACUGGCCAGAGUGACAGACAUACGGUGAUCCAGGAGGCUCAAAGAGAAGCCAAGUCAGCUUUGUUGUGAUUUGAUUUUUUUAAAAAACUCUUGUACAAAACUGAUCUAAUUCUUCACUCCUGCUCCAAGGGCUGGGCUGUGGGUGGGAUACUGGGAUUUUGGGCCACUGGAUUUUCCCUAAAUUUGUCCCCCCUUUACUCUCCCUCUAUUUUUCUCUCCUUAGACUCCCUCAGACCUGUAACCAGCUUUGUGUCUUUUUUCCUUUCCUCUCUUUUAAACCAUGCAUUAUAACUUUGAAACCAAA